UGGUACAAAGUUCAGUUUCUUAGUUUGUAUCAGGCUUCGAACACUAGCGGAAAAGCAACCUCCCGGCUCUCCGCCGCUCGCGCUCCGGGGCCGCGCAACCGCGCAUCGAUGGCGACCGCCGCCGCUCCGGCGCCUCAACCGCCGCCGCAGCCGCAGGCGCAGCAGCCACACAAUGACCAGCAGCAGAGGGCGCUGACCGUGAAUGCGAUCCGCCUGAAGGCCAUCGGCGACCGCAUCAGGGCCCACCUGGACGGCGUGGCCGCCCUCCCCAUCAACGAGUUCGCCCACCUCGUCUACGCCUUCGCAAGAGGGAUUGAUUUUGCGGUCUCGGCUGGUGAUAUUCCUCCCAUGGCCGGUGACAUACCUGGCAUUUUGAGAAAGGUAUAUGAGCUGAGAAGAGAAACAUUUAUACAAUCUUCGCUUAUGGUACUAGUGAUAUCGUGCAAGAAUGCUUGUUCCAGUAAAUGGUUUCAGCCUGCAGAUUCCAGAGACAUUCUCAGCAUGGCUAAUGAGCUCUCUGGCAACUUCUGCACAUCCUCGGGCCAGGCAGCUAGUGACAGCACUGUGCUUGAAAUUAUAUCACAAAUAAUGCCUAGGUAUUACCCUCGGCUGAAGUUUGAGCGUCUAAUCAUUUCUAUGGAAGCAAAGGUUGGCUAUGAUAUAUUAAUGGCUGACUUCUUUAUUGAGAGGAACCUACCUCGAGAUGAAAAGAUUAGGCUAAUCGUCGUACAAAAGGAAAAUUUGGAUGCCUCGACAUGUGUCACAAGCCCACCACAUGUGAGCUUUCUGGUCAAUGGAAAGGGUGUGGACAAGAGGACUAAUGUUUCAAUGGAACCGGGACCCCAGUUCCCUACUGAUAUCACCAAAAUGCUCAAAUAUGGGGCAAAUAUUAUCCAAGCUGCUGGAUAUUUUAAUGCUAAUUAUAUCAUAGCUGUAGCAUUUGUAAACAAUUCGACGUCCUUCAGUGCUCCAAAACUGGAGGAUUAUGCGCAACCUAUGACUGUUUAUCCUGCAGAUUCUGAUGUACUUGAGGGACCAUCAAGAGUUUCCCUAAAUUGUCCUAUAAGUUUUAAGCGCAUAAAAACUCCUAUUAAAGGGCGCCUCUGCAAACACUAUCAGUGUUUUGAUUAUGAUAAUUACAUGGAGAUGAACUCAAGAAAGCCAAACUGGCGCUGUCCAUUUUGUAACACCCCUUCAAACUUCACUGAUCUGCGCAUUGACCAAAAGAUGGCAAAGAUUUUAGAAGAGAAUGGGAAUGAUGUCAUUGAUGUCCUUGUAUUUGCUGAUGGAUCUUGGAAAGCUGCUCCAGCUCAUGAUGAGAAAUCAGAUAGACAUAGAGGUGAUGCUGUUCAGCAGAAUGGAGAUACUAUAGAAACUGAUUCAUCGUCUUCAGGUGUCAUAGAUCUGAUAAAUGGUAACGGUGAUGGUGAUCUGCCGAUGGAUUGGACAUCGACUUCAGAAGAUACAAAGCCUCAGUUGAAUAGUCAAGAUUUAUCUGUGUCAGACUAUCUUCCAGAUUUCCCUAUGGCAGACCAGACAGAAGAUCUGUAUCUAGGAGAUGGAAGUAAUGGGGGUAGCAACAUGGCUUUCACCUCUCGUCAAAAUUUGUUACUACCAUCUACUAGUGGGCUAGGCUCAAGUUCUUUUGGGACCUUGGAAUCUAUUCUACCCCAAAAUGUUCUGCGCCCUGUUAUUACAGAUGCUGUCUCUCCUUCUCUUGAAGCCUCUAGCUCAACAUCUAGCAUGCAACAUGUUUCACAGGAAACACAUUGUGAAACUGUGCAGUUGCAACCACAAAUAGGUCCAGUACUUGGAUCAGAAGUGAGAAGGAUUUCUAUACCUAGAAAUCCAAGGAGAGAGCCAGUAGGAGUCCAGGCAUUGCCAGUGCCACCACAGAAUCCUGGGUCAUCAGCAAGGUUGCAGCCAAAUAUCCUCAAUUGUCCACCACCUAUCCCACUAUCUACUCCAGCUUCUUCAACUUACCAAGGACAUCAAGUGACGAAUCCGGACUGUGCUCCAAUGAAUAACGGUUGUGGGCCGUUACCAAGAACUCCCAGUGUUGCUGCAUCAUCGCAUCUACAGUCAACAAGGGACAUGCGCAAUACAUCGAGCCAUCAGCCCAGUCGGGUGGUUGGUCUGCCUGCGCCACACCUCAUGGGUGCACGACCAUCGCCAGGACAGGCUGGAGGAGUGAACACCUACAGACCUACGCCUAUGCAGCAGACUCCAACCGUUGAUCCGCUCAGACACACACGAAUGACCAUGAACCAAACGGCUCUUGCUGCCGUGGGCCAAACCACUGCAGCUGCACAUGUUAAACCAACCCAAGCGGAUGUCCAAAGCCGUCACUUUCCCAUGCAGCAAAUUCAGGUACCGAGAUUGCAAACAGUGCCUCGGGCAGCAACUCCUCCAUCUCUACAGCGGGCGCCACCGCAUCUGCAGCCUUCCAGUGUACCAUCCGCUGCUCCGAGUAUACAUCCUCCGUCUCUACAGCGGGCGCCACCGCAUCUGCAGCCUCCCAGUGUACCACCCACUGCUCCGAGCACACCUCAGGCUGGGUCCUCAGACGGUCUUCCACCGGAGCUUCCUGUGGAUGAGAACUGGUGCCCCACGGGUCAGAUGAGAGGGAGUCUGACAGGCAAUGCCUACAGUUCUGCGCUUCGGCGCUAUCUGGGCCCGAAUGAGCAGCAGCAGGGUCAGGCUCAUCCUCCCAGCGCUUCGGGUGCGCGAAGGCCUCACUGACCGCUGGGCAUUCGGGCGCGCGAAGGCCUCACUGACCGCCGGGCAUCGCACAGUGAUGUGUUAGUCUUCAUGCAGGGCUUGCGGCAGCUAACUCAUCAAGGUGGCAUUAUUUGAUUCUUUUGGCUGGUGUUUCGGAACUGUGAUGAUCUAAAUUGGUGUAUGGAGAGCCUAGUGAAUAGUGAGUGGUGCCAGUGCUCGGCUGCCUGCCGCUCUUGUUUCAGUUGUUUGUACUUUGUAGCUUUCUUAGUACCUGUGCUGUAAAAAGCAUUAUGAUGUAUUGAUGUUUAGCAUUAGCAUUAGUAUCUUGUAAUCUAUCGCUAUCGCACUAGUUCGCAUAUGUAAUCAUGGUUUUCGUUUCUGUGCUGUGGUGGGAUGAAGGAAAUGAAGUAAUUACCUGAGUAGUAGUA